AUGGCAAAAUGUGCCCAAGGUUAUGUUACAUGUCGCAAGAUAACACCUGAUCAGUCUUGUGGCAUUUGUGAUAACUGUACUCGUCCUCAAGAGAGUGUCCACAUCAAAAAUAUUCGUCCAGUAGCAGAAGCCAUUAUUCGGUUAUGCAUGCUAUUAAAGGAUUUAAAUGAAAGGGUUACUAUGGCUAAACUGGUUCAAAUGGUGCAGGGACGAGGCUUGGGAAUAGCAAAGACGCGUGUGCAACAAGACGAUCGUAUACAGAUUCCUAUUGACAAAACAUACACUGAAUACGAUAUUGAACACAUCUUGAACCGCUUGAUAUCUGAGGGCUAUUUAAGAGAAGACUUUUUAUUUACGCCUUACAGCACCAUCACCUAUAUUGUCACAGGCCAAUUUGCAAAAGAUGCAUUGCGUAAUUCAGGUCGAGCCAUUGAGUUAGCUUUCUUGUCUACUGAAGACAAACCUACGAACAAGGAGCGUACAUUUGUUUACAUUGCCAUUUUCAGAAACAAACCGUAG